AUGGUGAUCUCAGGAAUUAUUAAAAGGGCCAGAGAGAAAGGCUCCUUCGACAACCAGAUCUGGAUUGAGAUUCUCACCCAGGCAGUAGAAGGCCCAGCCACCCCCUGGACCCGUCUCCUUCAAGGACAGAGCCCAGAAAGAGCCGAUCCCGGAGCCUCCUCGGAAACAAGCUCAAGACCCACAGCCAAGGCUGCUGCAGCUGUGGUGGGAGGAGCCCUGGCCGUGGUGGCUGUGCCCACGGUGCUGGGCGCCAUGGGCUUCACCGGGGCAGGAAUCGCCGCCUCCUCCUUAGCGGCCAAGAUGAUGUCAUCGGCCGCCAUCGCCAAUGGGGGCGGAGUUGCCGCCGGCAGCCUCGUGGCCACUCUCCAGUCCGUGGGAUCAGCUGGACUCUCCCUGUCAUCCAGAGUCCUCCUGGGAUCUGCUGGGUUUGCCCUUGUGUCCCUCGUGGUGGGCUUGUGACAGCUCCCUGUCACUCCCUUUGCAGAGAAGAGGACCAGGUAGUGCCCUGCUCGCCAGCCUGAUGCAGUAAGGGCCCAAACGCUGCACCCCCAGAGGAAAAUAAGAAAUAAAAAUGAGUUGUUGCA